AUGCUUCUUGGCCAGCUCGGGGAGGCGAAGACAGCCUCCGUCAUCUGCGUGUGCACCACCCCCGGCGCCACGGCAUUGCACAUGACGCCGCGGCGCGACCAAGCUUCCGCCUGCGAGCGCGUGAGCCCCACCAACCCGGCCUUGACGCUCCGUACGCGCCGCUAUUGCCUCGGCGAGGACGGUCGCCGUUGCUCGUUCGAGGGCCGCGCGGUCGGCGAGGUCCGUGGUGUCGUCGAGGGGCUGAGGGUUUCGCGCGAUGAGGAUGAUGCGCGCCCCGGCUUGGCCGAGUGCGGAGGCGAUGCCGCGCCCGAUGCCGGCACUACCUCCCGUUACUACGGCGGUUUGGCCCGCGAGCCCGAAGAGGCGCUCGAGCUGAACUUCGACCUCCCCAUUCUCGCAAUAAAAAUGACACCUCAACUCGAGAAACUGCGGUCCCUCGUAUCCUUUGCGACAAAACCCCGCGUCUUUAUCUUGACCGACAUCACCAACGAGCCCGACGACGCCGAGUCUUUCUGCCGCUACCUCACCUACGCCAACCAAUUCCACACCGAGGACGUCGUGGCCGUCACCUCCACCUGGCUGCGCGACAAAGUGGCACCCGAGAACUUGCGCAAGAUUGUCGACGCCUACGGCAAGGUCGUGGGCAACUUGAACCGCCAUGUCCACCCCGAUUGCCCCUACCCGCCUGCAGAGGACAUCAAGGCUAGGAUACGCGCAGGGCCGCCUGUGUAUGGAAUGAAAGCCGUAGGCGACGACGUAGUUCUAAGCGAAGGCGGCGAGCUGCUCCGCGAGUGUCUCGAAGAUCCAAACCCGGAGCCUUUAUGGGUGCUGGUAUGGGGAGGCGUCAACGUCCUCGCCCAGGUCCUCCACCGCAUCCGCGACAACCCCCAUGCGGAAGCCCUCCGCGCCAAGCUCCGCGUCUACACAAUCUCGGACCAGGACGACUGCGGCGCCUGGAUCCGACAGCAGUGGCCCGAUAUCUUUUACAUUUGCUCCUCCCACGGCUGGAACCAAUACAGCAACGCCACGUGGACGGGAAUCUCGGCCGAUGUUGACGGAGGCGGACCGGACAAAUCCGUCGUCUCGCACGAAUGGAUCAGGUCGCACAUCCAGCUGGGGCCACUCGGCGCCGAAUACCCCAGCUACGAGUACAUCAUGGAGGGCGACACCCCGACGUUUCUCUACCUCGUACAGAACGGUCUCGGAGUCCCCGAAGAGCCGUCCUACGGUUCGUGGGGCGGCCGCUACGUGCCUGUCAACGUGAGCGCAGAGGGUGUCCCGAAUCGCGGGCAUUUUGCGGAUGCCAGCGAUGCCGUGACGGGCAAGGAUGGGCAAGUUUACACGACGAACAAGGCGACCAUCUGGAGGUGGAGGAAUGCGUUUCAAGCCGAUUUUGCCGCUCGUAUACAGUGGACCCUGACCGACGAUUUUGCUAAGGCAAGCCAUCACCCGGUCAUUAGCGUUAAUGGUAACGUGGGGAUUGAACCUAUGCGAAUCGAGGCGGAGGCUGGAUCGGCUAUCACGCUCGACGCGUCCGAGUCGUAUGACCCUGACGACCGAGGCCUGGCAUUUCGAUGGUUUCAGUACCGCGAGCCGAGCGCCACGCAGACAUAUCAAGCGUGGGAGGUCUGCGACGUGGACAUCCGGCUCGUCAAUGAGCAAGGAAGCAAAAUUAAGGUUUCCGUUCCGACAGCUGACAAGUCUUGCAUCCUUGCGAGGGAGAGACUUCCGAUCAAGAAAGAUGAGUCAGCAGAACUUAUUAGCACGGACCGCCGACCCGCAGAAAUUACUCUACCCAAGUUCCUCCGUCUCGGCUUCCGCAUCGCCAAGUUGCGGUGCAAAACCCUCCCUCCCUCUUCCGGAGGCGCUUAUACGUCCGUCAUCCAUUCCCGCGACUACUGCCACAACCGCAGGAUCAAGUGCUGGCCCAGCACGCGCGAGCCCAGCCGAUGCCAAAACUGCGUCGACUUCGACCUCGUGUGCCUCUACGAGCGGCCCGUCCGACGCGGACGCCCUCUCGCCAGCCAGUCCAUCUCCCGCCCCCGCUUAGCCAGAAACCCCCAUUCUCGGCCCGAGCCCCGGUCCAACCCUUCCCCGGACGGGCAGCAUCCUCAUCCGGGGCUAUCCUCGGCCCGCACCGAUGAGCCGGGCGCCGCCGGUCCCUUCCCGCCGGUGCCGGCUGUGCCCGCCGUGCACUCCUUUCCCUUCUUCGAUCGAGACACUCUCGAGUCGUCCGUUGCCGCCGGCGAGCACACGCGCAAUCGCGCCUUCUUCUGCUCCACCAUGGCCGCUUGCGCCCUCGCCUCAUCCCGCGUCCGGGACGGCGCUCUCGUCUCUCCGGAGCGUUACACCACUGACCUGCUGAUCUUGCCACCCGAAGACUUUUACGCCGCCGCCGAGGACGCGUUACCGGCCGACCCCAUCGACGCGCACGACUUCAACUACCAGAUGCGCAAGUAUAUCGGCACAUAUUUCACCAUCCUAUCGAUAAGGCAGUGGCACGAUGAAACGAACUGGCCGAGCGGGCUCUCGGCUAUCGAAAGGGAGGAGAUGCGGCGACUGAGGCCCACGCCCGCGUCGAAAUGGCUCGUCGGCUGGAACUUCACCACGGAUCUAUACCGCAUCCUCGAGCACGCGCUCAGCCGGCUCCGCACCCAGCACUCCCGGUUCAACCUCUUCCGCAGCGAAGAAGCCAUCACCACCAAUUCGCCGGCCGGCGGCGCCAUGGGCUCCGCCAACCGGUACAUCCUGCAGCGCGUCGACAGCUUGUACACCACCCUGCCGCCCAUCUUCAAGGAACUCCGCCCCGCCACCGGCAACAUCGCCACCGACAUCUACGGCUUCCAGGCCGCCAACAUCAAGCCACCCUCGCCCUGCUCAGGAUGGUGCUCUUCUCGCUUGAAGUCGCCGCCGACCUGA